CUCGCAAUGAACCUAUAAAGGCUUGCAGCACCGCCACAGGAACUCACUCGAGUCCCAUCUCCCACCGCUGUGACCGCGUCAGUGCGAUUGUGCAAAGUUACUCGUGAAUUCAAAUUUCGAAUCAGCCAUGAAUCUAACCCUGCAACUGACCCUGGUGGCUCUGGCGGCAUGCCUGGUGGCCGUUGAAGGAGCCCCAGACGGCCGUCUGCCCCGGACCAAGCAGCAGCGUCCCACGCGCGGGUUUAAAAACGUCGAGAUGAUGACCGCGCGCGGUUUUGGCAAGCGCGACCGCCCCGCCGCGCGGCCUGAGCGCGACGUAGAAUACACCAGCGAAGAGAAACCGCGGUCUGGCCGCGCCACCCCGCGCUUCAAAAGCCCCUCAGUUGGGGUCGCCAGGGACUUCGGGAAACGAGACUCAGAAGACGAAGACUACGUAGAGUUAAAAGGAAAAAGGCAGACGUUCAACCCGGGAGCAAGAGUGCUUAUAGCCAGAGGAUUUGGCAAAAGAGACGAUACUGAGCAAACCGACGAAGUGUACGGGCUGGACAACUUCUGGGAGUCCCUGGAGACGAGCCCGGAGCGCGAAGUGGUGGACGCUGAUGACAAGACCGUGGAGAGCAUUCCCCUGGAGUGGUUCGUGCACGAGGUGCUGAGCAACCCCGACUUCGCGCGGUCCGUGGUGCGCAAGUUCAUUGACCUCAACCAGGACGGGAUGCUAUCUUCAGAAGAAUUACUAAGGAACGUCUAAGAUUUAAGUUACUACAAUAUGAGUUAGUCAGAGUUCAAUGCAAUAACUCGGAUCUCUUUUCAUUAUACUUCAUUAUUAAUGUUGUUACGAUGCUGUGAUAUGAUAUAAAAUUGAUCUCAUAAAUUCAAGAAAAUAUUCAUGUCGAUUAAGUUUUUUGUAUUUGUUUUUAAAUUAUAAGAAUUAAAACUGUUACAAAACAAAAUAAUAAUUUUUGAUUAAAAUACUUAUAUUGAAAAUUCCUAACUGCCAAUUUAAAGCAGUUCUAAAAAACACAGUAUCAGGAAA